AUGAAUUGUACAAGAAAUCCUGUGUUUAUAGCUCAAACAUACAAUCUACCGAAGGUUUUAUUCUUUCUUCCUGUGCGUCAGUUCACAUGGUAUCCAUUUCUACAGCAUUGUUUAAUUAUCAGUGUAUAUACAUCAGUUGUUGGUCCAUUCGGUGGUUUCUUUGCUAGCGGUUUUAAACGAGCAUUUAAAAUCAAAGAUUUUGGUGAUCUUUUCCCUGGUCAUGGUGGUGUAGUGGAUCGUUUUGAUUGUCAAGUAUUAAUUGGAACAUUUGUAUUAUUCUAUUAUAAUUCAUUUGUUCGCAUUCAUAGUCCAGUAUCUCUGUUGCCAAAAAUUUAUAUUCUACCACCAAAUGAACAGAUUCUAUUCUAUCGUUUACUUACCGAUGGUUUAUAUAAACGUGGUUUACUGUCUGAUCAAUUGAUGAAUACAGUGAAUAACUUAUUACCAUCAUUACCAAUAAAUUCACGUGUUUUAACCGAAUCACUAUCUGAUUACUCUUCAUCUAGUGAUAGUAUUGGCGGUGUCAGCAGUAUCACCACGCCAACAACAACGGCUACUGGUAAUACUUGA